UGAAAGACGGCCAUUGUGAAGAGAAAAAAGAUUGUGGCUGCAAAGUUAGAGGAAUAUUACAUCUGGACGGAGUUUGUUCGGUGAUGAUUAUAUAAUCACCAACAUUAGUGUAGUAAAGUGUGACGCUAUAAACGUAAAACAUUCGUGAAGCAGACAACGCACAAAAAUGGACGCGGCCGUCAAACAAGAAAUUAAUGGUACGCCAUUGCCACAGCGUCAGCAACCGCAUGUCGGCGGCGGCGGUGGCGGCGGUGGCGGCGUCGCUGUCGGACCUGGCGUUGGCCCUAACCCUGGGAACCAGGGUGGUGGCGGUAGCCAAAGUGGCGGCGAACAGCAACAGCACGGUGGACCUGGUGGUGCCAAGGGAAAUAUGCACCGCAAUAACCGAAAUAAUAGCAAAAAUCGGGCCAGUCUGCCAGGCAAUCGCAAUCGCGGUCCGGGUAUUGGCGGUGGAGGCAACAACAUGGGUCCCAACAUGGGUGGAAACAUGGGCCCAGGCAACAAUCGGCCGGGCAAUAACGGGCCCAACAAUGCCCAGCAACAAGGCGGUGACGACGGUGGCCAGCACAUGAACCGUGGCGGCAUGAACCGCGGAAAUCGAGGAGGAAACGAUAUGGAGAAUAGUUUUGGCGAGCGCCGUCGCGGCGGUGGUGGUGACGGAUAUUUUAUAAAUGAAAAAUUACGACUACUAUCCGGUCCGCUACUUGACAUCCCUCCGAUUGAAGCGGGCGAGGCAAAAUUUUCCGGACGCAACCGUCUCUACGUGGGUAAUCUAACGAAUGAUGUGACAGAGGAAGAGUUAAUCGAGAUGUUCCGACCGUUUGGCGAGGUUAAUGAGAUGUUCAUGAACAAGGAGAAAAAUUACGCCUUUGUGCGCGUAGACUACUUCUCAAACGCCGAAAAAGCCAAGCGCGAACUGGAUGGUACUGCACGCAAGAACCGUGUGCUCCGCGUCCGGUUUGCUCCCAAUGCCACCGCUAUCCGCGUGAAGAACCUUACGGCGUACGUGACGAAUGAGCUGCUGUACAAGGCAUUCGAGGUGUUUGGUCCGCUUGAGCGCGCCGUGGUCCAGGUGGACGAGCGCGGCAAACCGACCGGUGAGGGUAUCGUUGAGUUCAAGAACAAACCCGGCGCGAUGGCUGCCAUUCGUUAUUGCACGGAAAAGUGCUAUUUUCUCACCUCGUCACUGCGCCCGGUCAUCGUCGAACCGUACACGUAUCAGGACGAUAACGAUGGUCUGCCAGAGAAGUCUUUGAACAAAAAGCAGAACGAGUUCGUCAAAGCGCGUCAGAUGGGACCUCGUUUUGCUGAAAACGGCUCGUUUGAAUACGAGUACGGCCAGCGCUGGAAGCACAUGCACGAGAUGUACAGACAGAAGGCCGAAGCACUAAAGCGCGAGAUGACAAUGGAAGAGGAGCAGCUUGAGGCAAAGAUGGAGUUUGCCCGAUACGAGCACGAAACGGAACAGCUACGCGAGCAAUUGCGCCAACGGGAGAUGGAUCGCGACCGGCAGAAGGCCGAAUUGGAGAUGCGCGAACGGCAAGUGCAAGUGCAGCGACAGCGCAACGAUAUCCAGGUGAAAACAGAAAUCGAUGAAAUGACCAACCGGAUCAAGCGCUCGGAUGAAGAGUUGGAUCGCAGACAAAAGGAAAACAACAUGUUCAUGAAGCAAAACCAACAAAUGAAUUUGUUGGAUCAACAGCAGCAGCAAAUGAACGAGAUGGGCGGAAUAAUGAAUGUUAACGAAAACAGACGCAACUUCGACAUGAACCAAGGUGGAGGUGGAGGUGGUGGUGGUGGUGGCAAUGGAAAUUUUAUGGUAAGUCCGCCCAUUUUCUAUCUGUGA